GCACCGGGGGCGUGUUUUUUCUUACUUUUUGCUCAUUAUUCAAAUACGCUGUACAUAUAAAAAGAGUCGCUAUGUGCGUCAGAUAGUUUUCUCCAAUGGGUAAAGGUGACUAAAUACUAGUUGUGUCUUAAGCCGGCCCAGUCGCAUCCUAUCGGCUGGGGACCAGAUGAUGCACGACUCUGGCGGUGUCCAAAUGGCGAGGGCGCUUAAACAUGCAGCCCUGUGCCUGAUGCUGCUGCCGCGCUUCCUCUUGGCUGCAGUCAUGCUAUGGUUCUUGGAUUUCUUGUGCAUCAGGAAAAAAAUGCUGCUGAAAAUGGGAGAGAAGCUGGACAGCCCGGACGACCCGCCGGUGUGUGUCUCCGACUCUAAUAAGAUGUUCACCUUGGAGUCCCUCAGGGCCGUGUGGUACGGCCAGAAAUUAGACUUUCUCAAAUCUGCGCACCUCGGGCACACUGCGCCCAACACCGAGGUGGUGCUGGUCCAGGAGCGGAGGCAGGUCCGGAUCCUGGACUGUAUGAAAGAGAAGAGACCGCUCAUUCUUAACUUUGGCAGCUGCUCCUGACCGCCAUUCAUGACGCGCCUGGCGGCGUUUCAGCGCCUCGUAAGCCAGUACGCAGAUAUUGCGGACUUUUUAGUAGUAUAUAUCGAGGAGGCGCAUCCGUCGGACGGCUGGGUGAGCUCGGACGCACCGUAUCAGAUCCGCAAGCACCGCUGCUUGGAGGACAGACUGAGAGCCGCUCAGCUGAUGCUCUCCGAGGUGCCGGGGAGCAACGUAGUGGUGGAUAAUAUGGACAACUCGUCCAACGCCGCGUACGGAGCCUACUUUGAGAGACUUUACAUCGUGAGGGAUGAAAGAGUGGUGUAUCAGGGAGGCAGAGGUCCAGAGGGAUACCGGAUUUCCGAGCUCAGAAACUGGCUGGAGCAAUACAGGAAGGAUUUGGUGAAUUCCCAUGUGUAGUUGAACAUGCUGAACUGCCUGCUGCCCUGCCCAUUCAGCUUAGUGUCCAACCCACAGUGCAAAAUAUUCAGAUGCUGCUAUCAAAUGCUCACUCGUUGCACAUCAUGUUGUUUUCCUUGCAGAAACAUGCAGGCCUCCUUGACAAAUAGCCUCAAGUCAUGAUGAAGCCCAUAUCUAGGCUCUAGGCUGUUAGAUUCUGCUUGUCUUGAUUGUUCAUAGCGAUUUUCUUUAUUUUUUCUAUGGAAAAGCCUUGAAUCCCUUGAAAUUUGAUUCAGGUAGUGAUCACUCUAUUUUUCUACAAUGCUGGUGUGGAUGUGAGAGGGUGUGUGUGCGCCCUGUCUAAUGUCUCACUCAGGUGUUUCUGUGAAGUUCGGUUUUUAAAAGGCGCAGCCAGAAAACCGACACUGAUGUUUCUGACACCGGGAGCGGGUCCAUGUUAGCAGGACGCACUGACUGACUGACUGCCACCUGAUGUAAAGUGGAAACAGUGUAACUGAACAAAGGUUUUUAAUAAAUCUCGGAUCACACGUUGAUGAUUUACGGUUAAUUGCGGAACAAACAAAGUGCUUCCUUUAUUUGUAGUUUUUGUUGUUAGUUAAUACACAGGGAAAUUGGAUGCAUGUAUGUUUAAACUCUCAGUUAUAAAACCAUAUGUCGUAUGUGUUUUGUCCCA